GCCACGCCACAUGAACAACGCGUUUAAAUGGUCUCCACCUACCAGAGUCCUUAUAACAGGAGAUAGGGAGGUGAGACUCACCCCUCAUCCAACUAGUAUGAGCACCCCACCGAGUCCUCUCGAAGACUUUGGCCAGACCCCUUCACUGCGAUACUGGCAGUACAGAGGCCCCAUCCAGGCAUAUAUAACAGAUGUUCUGCGCGAGCCAGAGUAUAUCAAGCUUCUUUCACUGAAAGACCAGGGUUGGAAAGAUGAAGAGUUGGAACAGGAUUACGUGCACCGCCGUCGUGCUAACUGGGAAUACGAGCGGAAACCCACUUUCGAUCCUCAGAAGAACGUGUUCUUUCAGAAGAGUAUCAAAGUCAUGGAAGAGCUUGACCUCUCUUCCCGACUUGUUCAUAGAUUUCGGCCAUUGUCUUUCCUGGAUAUCUGCUGUUGUCCAGGCGGCUUCUCCCAAUACAUCCUGCAGAAGAACCGCCUGGCAGAAGGCCGUGGCCUGUCCCUCCCACCUCCAGAAGGUCAUUCUCUCUCCAUUGCCGACCCCGAACUCUACCGCUUCCAAAUCACUUAUCAAGACAUCACCCGCUACGACUUCUACACCGAUUUCCUCUCUGACGACGACAUCGCCACCCUCCCCACACCAGUCUCUUCUCUCAACCUCGUCCCCCUCCCGACCUUUGCACUACAAGACAUCAUCAUGGCCGACGGUCAAGUACUCCGUGAUUACAAUGCCCCGAUCUCCGACUCCUUCGCAGACCGCCCAGCAGGCUUCAGUCCAUACAGUUCCCUCCUCUACGCCCAGCUCAUCCUCGGACUCAUAUUCCUCCACCCUGGCGGGACUUUCGUCGUCAAAACCACACACAGCGACCGCUACUAUACCAUCCGACUGAUCCAGAAACUGCGGUCCAUCGCGUCUUCAGUGACCUGCUUCAAGCCGACCAGCUGCUGGGCCGAUCGAUCCUCCUUCUACAUCAUCCUCAAAGGAGUGCGCACUGAAUCUCCCGAAUGCAUUGAGCUUGUGAAGACAUGGGUGAAGCGCUUGCAUUAUUUGACGAGCGGGAACAAGAUCCCCAAAGAGAUGAAUGCAGAGACGAUGUGGAAGAAGGAGUUGGAAGCGGCUGAGAAUGGGGAAAUAGCGGAGAUAGCGCCUAUGCUUAGGCAAGUGUGGAAAGCCCAGGCGGAGGGAAUGGAGUGGAAACUUCACAAGCGGUCGAGGUGGUAGUCUCAGGAUGGACAGAGACAUAUUUGAUUCGAUCAGGACAGAUCCCACAUUCGGAGGACAUGUAACAUUGUUUCUGCUUGCGUUCUGAGCCUCAGCUGCUGUACAACCUGUACGAUAUAUUGUUCUUUGACAUGUGAUAUCUCUGUUUCGC